UCAGAAACUAGAAGAAGCAUUUAAUGUUUGUUAAAUUCCGAUUUUACAGAAAAAGACCCAUAAACAUUGUGACGUGAAUUUAAUGUGUUUAAUGAAAAUAUUUUAAAGAAUAUUUGGCCUAAUAUCAUUCCCGUUUUACGAGUAAUAGUUGUUUGAGUCAAGUUAGACGUGGUCUUGAAAUCGCCUUGUUCAAGUUUGCACUCCACAAAAAAGUGCGCGUCUCGACUUUAUCAAACCGAACUGUUAAAAUAACUUGCUAGGUGACAAAUUUAUUUUGGAAAAAAUAAUCUGAAAAUGGUCGCCACGCUGUACUGUUUCCUUGUGACAAAUUUGUUGAUGAUCUUGACUGUUGCUGACGAGGACAUAUGGACAGUUACCAGUUAUCCCAACCCUCUUACAGAUCCGCAGAAGUGCAACCGUCCUCAGAAGUCCUUCAUCUGCGACCCUGACAGCAUUUUAUUGAAGUAUCAAGCUGACAGGCUUAACGAAAUCAUGAUUCGGACCCAGAAGAUAACUGUUUGUGUCUGCCAACAGUGUCCAGAACAAUCAGUCGGAGGAUUCACCGUCGGAGUAGCCCUGAUGAAGAAGAUGUUUCGUCCGUACAAUGAACCUCAGAUGAAGGUUGUGUUUGAAUUUGCCGAGAACCUGCGCAAAAUAUGGAAACUUGGCCAUUGUGGUAACGAUAUCAUUAUUCUGGUUGCGACCGAAGAAAAACAGUCCAACUUUGCUAUUGGACCAAAGUUCGAGGAGUUCCUAGGAUUAGCACAAGCUAUGGAUAUUUAUAACCAGAGCAAGCUUCACUUUAGUAACGGUAACUACUACCAGGGGUUAGAGUCUAUUUUGGAAUCGUAUUAUGAUAUUUUUCGCCGUUUGAAUUACGGUGAAUCCCAAGGAAAAAAGACCGCUUCUCAUAGUAAUGUAGGAAUAGCAGUUGGGCUGAGUGUUGGUUUCGUGGCUUUGGUUGCUCUCGCAAUAGCGUUUGUAUGUUGGAGAAAAAGGCGUCAGCAAGCAUCCAGUGAUAACAACCGUAUGACCUUGGGUAAAGAAAAAUCAGCAUGGGAAGAAAAAGGUAACUUGAAACCUGUACCUAUAAACUAUCUUAUCUCGGCCACUAAAUACGCUCCAUGUAACGUAGAGGAUCCCGAUAAUGCUACCAAAAACAUGGACGACGAUGGAGAAGGACUGACGGAAACUCCAAUGCUUCAAGCACAGGACCACUGGACGAUUCCUGAAGUAACGGAGGAAGAAACAGAUAACGAACAGUACGGGAAGACUGUUGAAGAAAUAUUUCCUACACAUCAGGAAAUACAUACAGAGGUUUUACAACCAGGAGACAAAAACAAUGAAGGUAUUGAGCAUCGCAACGUCGUCGAAAUGUAAAUAAUGGAGCGGAUUGAAAAAAAAGACGAAUCAAUCCAUCGCUCGUAAAAGAAAUAUCCAUUUUAGCUUCGAGACGAUGUGAAAUUAAACAAUGUAUUUGACUUAUACAAACUUUUACUUCACACUUUAAUUAUAGUGAUGUUCUAAAAAUUUGUUACUACCCGCAUCUCUUAACUGUUCCAAUACUGGCUCGUUUCUUACAUAAAAACAAUUAAUAAAAUGAAAUGACUUUAAUAUGUAAAAAUCACAUUUCCCAACUCCAAAAAAAAAAAAGCAAAACAAAGGAUUAUUAGUAAUUUGUAAACUGUUAUUAGAGUUUUCCAUGAAGUGAAGAAAAUAUAUGAAAAUGAAAUCAAAACAACUCGUCAAUUGGUUUGAUUUUUUCUUAAUAAUCAAGAAACGAAGUAAUUUAGCCUUGCUACAUCGUUGAUUAGCUAGAAUAGAUAUUUCAGGAAAUCACAGACCAAAGACAUAAAUACUUAUUGUUUGUUCUUAAAACUUGAUACUUCUGAAUUGUAAACAUAGUAUGCCCUUUUUGUAAAACUCUUGAGCUUUGCAUUUAUAAUUGUUUUAUAUUUUUUUGAAAGCGAAGACUAUGCAUAGUGGAAAUUACUUCUGGUGUUACACUGCACAUUCCACUAGACUGUUUUAUACAACCGAACUUUUUGUUUCUUCAAGGAUUUUAAAUAGAAAAGAAAAUUAUGGAGUUUCGUAAAAACAUUACGGAAAACUAACUACAUCUUUUACUUCGACGACAUUGUACUUGGAUAUUUCAAUUAUUGUUCUUAAAUUUUUAUUUUUUUGCACACGCUUCAAAAUUGUCAAAGGGCUGAGAGGUUUCCGAUUUGGAUUACGUGUAUUAUAUAUAUAUAUAUAUAUCAAUUGGAAAAUAUCGUGAUUUCUAUUUAUGAGGAUUAUGUGGUAGUGUACUCAUAGAAUCACCCAUAAAAAUAUACCAAUUCACGAAAGAUGGAAACUGUGAGUGAGCUGAAGGUCCACAUAAGAUAUAAUAUUGGAGAAUGAAUUAUUCACAAACUAUAGUCAUUGACUCACAAAAGUCAUUUCUGUUAUAUUUAAGUAUACCAUGACUAACACAUUUCCAUACAGUUGUUUUGCAACUGAUAAACCUUAAACAAUCUAUACACAAUAUAUUCAAUUUAUUAAUUGACAUGUAAGAGUUUUGAAGUUUAUACAUUCAAAUCUGCUAUGGCUAAAAACACUCAGUUAAUACAGAUAGAUUUUUGGAGAUACGAUUGUUUCAGAUAGUCACCCUUAUUUCUUUAAUAUAGCAUUGUCCAAUCUUUUAGGUUCCUCUCUUUUGUAAACUUUAUAAGUACAACUUAGUUUCAUGGUGUAAUUAAUACAUUCAUUUUAUAACAUUUUAUGUAAUAGUAACAUUACACAUUGUGUUUAAAUUAAUCUACUGCAAAAAUUAAAAAUGUAUAUAUAUUGUUACUGUUUGUUUAGAAAGUCUUGUAAAAAAAACCGUGUGCCAAAAUUCUUUUGUUUCAUGAUUUACAAUAACCAUUUCCGUUGAAUAAUUCGUUUUAACGUUCUCUUUCGUAUUUUGUUUUAAUUGCUAAGACUGAAGCCUAUGUUGAAGGGUUAUAUAAUUGUGAGCAAUUACAUUUAGUCAGAACAAGUUUUGGUAGAUAAACAAAAAGGACCAACACUUUGAAAAACCAAUAUAUUUACACUCGAUACUUAGGGUCAUAAACAAAAUGAUUUCUCAAGUUCUAGGUUAAUUUUUAUGUUUAUGACUACAUGCUGUACAAGCCGCAAAGGAUUGUGGGUACAUUUUACAUACCUAUUAGAUAUUUUAGCUUUCAUGCUUAAACUUAAGUUUCUUUUGAAAUAGUUGUUUAAGCAUCACAAUAUUCGUGUAUGAAUUUUCAGAAAUAAAGUUUGUUCUGAACACAAUUUUA